AUGCCUACAUUUAGUACUGAAGAACAUCGCAAAGCCAACAUCGCGAAAGUGGAAGCAGCCACCGAACUUUGGAUCACAGCGCUUGGUGGUAAGGCUUCGGAGGCUAGUGGUCAUAAGAUCAUGUUCUCUGAAUGGAUUGAUCCUCGGAAGAAACCCAUGUACUGCAUCGACGUGAACAGUCCAGUUGAUAGUAAGUGGAACAUGGCUGUUCCAUACAAAACAGUCGCUAUCUGGAAGGAUGGUCGUGCGGGAAAACGCGCCGCAUCAUCUACUGUGGGAAUGGGUGAUUCUCCUGGAAAGCCAUGGGAUUUGGACAUGUGGCUUGGUGAAGAGGCUAGCGUUCAGACCAUUGCACAUGAAUUCGGCCAUGUCAUGGGAAUGAUGCACGAGCAACAGUAG